AUGACAAAAGCCACUCCGUUCGCUAUAAACGUCCCCGAUGACAAAAUCAAGGAACUACACCAGAAGCUCAAGCUCGCGACCUUUCCCGAUGAACUUGAUGAUGUAGGCUGGAGCAUGGGUGUCCCACUCAACGACAUGAAACGAUUAGUCACUACAUGGCGCGAGAGCUUCGAUUGGCGUGCCCAGGAAAAGAAAUUAAAUGAGCAGCUCAAGCAAUUCACCGUUCCUGUCUGGGUUGAUGGAUUUGGCGAAUUGGAUAUCCAUGUUGUGCAUCAUCGAUCUGAGAAUCCUCGCUCAAUUCCCUUGUUAUUCAUUCAUGGCUGGCCAGGAAACUUCCUCGAAGCUACCAAGCUGAUCCCAUUGCUCACUAAGGGGGACGAUGUCGCAUCAUUUGAUGUUAUAGCGCCAUCUCUUCCUAACUUUGGAUUCUCACAAGGAGCUAAAAAGCGAGGCUUUGGACUGGCCCAGUACGCUGAAACUCUUCACAAGGUGAUGAUUGCCUUAGGAUACGAUGAAUACGUGAUCCAAGGAGGAGACUGGGGCGCCAUCCUUGCCCGUACAAUGACAAUAUACUACUCGCAGCACAUUAAAGCUAUCCAUGUCAACUUCAUUCCCUGUCCUCCACCGUAUCCCUGGCGCAAUCCGUUGCGUUUCCUAUCAUCUCUCAUUAGCGUCCCGUUCUCCGCAAAGGAUCGCGCCUCCAUCGCAAGGACACUGGGAUACAUUACCAUCGACAACGCCUAUUCCAAGCAGCAAUCUUCCCGACCACAGACAUUGGGCUAUGGUACUCACGAUAGUCCUGUUGCAUUGCUGGCGUGGAUAUACGACAAGUUGCAUUCUUGGUCGGAGGGCUAUGCCUGGACAGAUGAAGAGAUUUUGACUUGGGUGAGUAUUUACUAUUUCUCGAGAGCUGGGCCAUCGGCUUCGAUGAGAAUCUAUUACGAAGCUGCAGUGGAGAAGCCAGAGGUCAAUGAGGCGGAUUCGAAUGUGGGAGUGGAAGUGACGAAUUGGACUUCGCUUUCACAGGUUCUUGCGUCUGUUGCGCCUGCAAGUGUUCGAAUUGCGGUGGCCCAGUUUAAGGAAGAGCUGGUUAUGUGGCCUAUGGCUUGGUAUAGAGUUAUUGGCAAUGUUGUGAAGGAGAAUGAGUUUGAUCGUGGUGGACAUUUUGCAGCUUGGGAGGUUCCAGAGUUACUUGCACAGGAUCUAAAGGAGUUUCAUGGUAAAGAUGGGGCGGCGUAUGCUUUGGUAGAGGGAAGAGACGGUUACUAG